AAAUUUGCCUGGGAAGGAAUGCGAAAGGGGGUUUAGGAUUGGCACUGCCACGAGGAAAGCGAGGAGGUGCGACAUUUUCUAGGCUACGUGGAGAUCCGUUUUUUCUUCCCUUCAAAGGUGUUCGCCUCCCAACCCACCGCCCACCACGGCCCUCACCUGUGUGUUGCGGUGCUUCCCUUGUGAGCCGACCUGGGCUGGCAGUCCCUUCUUGCACCGCCCGCCAACCCCGCCCAUGGUCAGAAUGACGCGCUCCAAGACGUUCCAGGCGUACCUGCCGAGCUGCCACCGAACCUACAGCUGCAUCCACUGCCGAGCUCACCUGGCCAACCACGAUGAGCUCAUCUCGAAGUCGUUCCAGGGCAGCCAAGGCAGAGCCUACCUGUUCAACUCAGUGGUGAACGUCGGGUGUGGCCCAGCAGAGGAGAGGGUUCUGCUUACAGGCCUGCAUGCUGUCGCAGAUAUCUACUGCGAGAACUGCAAGACGACACUGGGCUGGAAAUACGAACAUGCCUUUGAGAGCAGUCAGAAGUAUAAAGAGGGCAAGUUCAUCAUCGAGCUGGCCCACAUGAUCAAGGACAACGGCUGGGACUGAGGGCUGAGCAGCCGGGACAGGACCGCUGGG